AUGUACUCCUCGAAUGAGACGAUUCAGAGAGAUCAAUCUGAUUCUCAGCAGAAUAUGGACGAACUGGAGAACCAAGAAGACGGAUGGCUUGCCGGCAGUGAUGAUGUUUCUCUGGGCAGCUUGCGGUCCUCCGUUUGGUAUCUACGCCGUUGCGCAAAACUUCAAUCUGCCCAUCCAAAUACAGCCGCAGGUAUUCACGGCACUCUGUCUCAUAAGCUGGGCACAGACCUUGAUGUACCAUCAGCUGACUUCAAAGCAUCCGGCGCCAGUAAAUGGAAAGCGUGGGCAGCAGUAGGCGUGGGCAUAGCGGUGGCUUGCCUCUUCGCUGGCAUCGAGGCGGCGUUGAUUUUGACUUUGCGGGUGUUCUUGGGCAUGGACUGGUCGGGUGCUUUCGUUUCAUUGAUGGCUCUGGUUGCACAGGACACCUUCGACGUACUUGGAGGCGUCAUGUACAUCGUGUGCUGCAUGCUUGAGAUUGGCAUAUUCACCUCGCAUCUCAUCUGGCGCUUCCGUACGCGCAGAAUACGAAAAGAAGCGGCAUCAAGGGGCAAGACUUUUGAUGAUAUCGCCGCCGAAUAUGAGGCGCGCGGCAUUCCCUUCAAGUUUGCAGAGAGGAGGUCCCGGAAUAAGACCAAACCGGCCAUGGGCGAUGAAGAGCUGAGUUCAUAUAGCAGCGUGCGCGGACAGUGA